AAACUAUACUUUCGAUAAUAUUUCCUCAGUUUUGUAAAAAUACCCAAAAGGAAUUGAAAUUUUCUUUUUCUUUAAAAUAAUAAAUUAAUAUUUCCGGAAAAAGAAUCAAAUAGCACACCUGAUAAUUCAAUACAUUUUUUUUUAAUCAUUUUUUUUGGAAAACAUAAAAAAUUCUAUAUUUUUCUGAAAUAAUUUUUGAAAUCUACUUUAUUGAUAAAAAUAAAAGUCAUGUCUGAGGACAAAUGGAGAGCAAACAAUAACGGGCCACUCAAUCAGGAUCAAAUAAAAAAUUUUAAAAAAGAAUUAAAAUUAAUAGAAGACAAAGAAAUUAAAACAGGAAUAAUUAAUUGCAAAAAAGCCAUUAUCACAAUUGAAAAUCAAGAAAUUGAUCUCUACAAUAUCAACAUUGAAACAAUAAAAAAAUUUAAUGAAUCCUCAUCCAACGAAAUUUACAUCAACAAAGAAAAUAAUUUUCACGAAAUAAAAUCCACAAUUACAAAUUCAAAAAUAAUUUCAAUAUCUCUAAAAAAUGUCAAAAGUCAUUUUUUAAAUUUUCUCGGUCAUUCAAUAAUAACAAAACAAUUGAAUAACAAAUAUCAAGCAAUACCUGAUAAAUUCUUAAUUUAUCAAGAAAAUGAUUUUCAAUUACCCUGCGACAAUAAUAUUAAUAAUCAAGAGGAAAAUCUCAGUAAACUAUUAAUAAUUCUCUGUCCAACCAAUUGCAAUGGAGGUGAAAUUAAUUUUCCAUUAAUGAAAAAAAAAUUCACCCCUGAAUCAACAACCAAUGAAACAUUGUGUUACAUUCUUUUUGGAAUUAAUACACAGUAUGAAAUUAAAAAAAUUAUCAAAAAUUUACGUUGUUUAUUGGUGUAUAAAAUUUUUGAAAGUCCAUUUAACAUUGAAUUAAUUAAUUUGACUGUGAGCGAUACAAGAAGAUUGAAAAAUAUAUUAAAAAAUAUAACAGAAACAAAUGUUUUAAUACCAAUAACAAAAGGGAAUAAUAUUAAAAAAAUUUGCGAUAAUAUCAAAGUGAAAUAUCAACAAGUUUAUUCAGCUAAGGAAUGUCCAAAAAUUGUUUACAGUGAAUUAGAUAGAAAUGAAAUGGAAUUUUACUAUAAAGGUUGGGAGGAAUGUGAUGUUGAUUUUUAUAGUUUAAUUAAAAAUUCAAAACGAUUUACCGUGGGUUUGUAUAUUAAUUUUUCAAAACCAGAAGUAAUUAAUGAUAUUGUUGUGAGAUAUAGAAAAUAUGGUACAGGUCCAGAAGAAUCAAACUAUGAAGUUGAUUAUUAUUCAUUUAUAUUGAUAAAUCCAUGUGAAAAUAAAAUUUCCGAAUCUGAUUCUUCAUCGCCUGAUCCAUCAGAAUCAGAUCCAUCGGAAGAGGAUCCAGUGGAAGAUUUAGAGAAUUAUCAAUAAGAAGACAACGAUAACGACAACAGCAGAGAAAAAUUUAGCUAUGAAAUUGUAUUUCAUUUUUUUUUGCCAAAAAAAGUUUUAUCAAAUUUUGUUUUUCAUUAGAAAGAAUGACAAUAAAAAAACUGUUUUUUUUAAA